AUGUCUGCACAAGUCCCUGAUGCCACAGACGCCGCGCACGCGACAGUCUUGGAUCACGAAGUCUUUGAGGAAGAACUCAAACGGGCCGAUGCCUUAGUAUAUGCUGACCGUCGCAUCGACCGCUACUCUCCAGAUGUACUUCUCCAAGUUCGCAUCAACCUUCCCACCCAUAUCGUAUUCGCCAGGUACAUAGAGCGAUUCCAAUACCAACUGCUAUGGUAUCCAGAUCAAGAAGAGUGGGUACAUGGAUGGCCCGUCCCAGGUGUGAAAUUGCUUACAGCACAUCGCACCUAUCCUAAAAGAGAUACAGUGUUACUCAUGUUCACUCAACACAUGGCCGUCUGGCGAAAACUUCAGUUGUCGCAAGUAUCCCGAUUAAUCAUGUUCAUAGAGUGUGUGAAUGAGGAUAACGUCGUCGGAGAAUUGCAGAUCACUUAUCUCCUUACUCGCGCAGCAAGGCGAGUAAAUGAAGGCACACUCCCCAUGGACCAAUUCAGGGACGACAUGAGUCGAGUCUUUCUAGCAGUCCGCGAUGGCAAAGGACCACUUAGGGGGGACGAGGGAUUUCCUCGAGUCCUCUUCACCGCGAACCUUGCAAAUGAACGUUUUCCCCUUGACGAUGAUGGAAAGCCGCGCUGGAAGGAUAUCGACCGCGCAUUCAACUCCACCCGCAGCGCUUGGCCGAAGUUUGUCAGUGAACGUCCAUGCGAAGGAGGCUCAGAACUCACACUCAUAAUUCCGAAAUUCUUCUGGCCAUACAUUGAAGCCAUCUCCGAUUCUUAUCGCUUUGCUGGCUACGUUGACAAGGAAAAACACAAAGAGAUGUUCCCGGACCGUCGUCUCUUCACACCAUCUCCUGAACCUGAGCCUGAACAAGAAUCAGAACCACAACCACGUCAAACACCAACGACGAAAGCCAAGAGCAAGCGCUCAAAAGAGAAAGCGAAGGAACCAGCGAAGAACAAAAUCACCAAGCAGAGAAGCAAGAAGAGCAAGCGAGCAACAGCACAUGCAAUAAUCAGCGCGGCCUCCUGGAGACACGCCGAUAAGAACGCCACCACCACGUAG